ACGACGGUGCAGAAGCUAGGCCUCGCGCGGCCUCGACUAGUUUCCUAGCGGAGCCUGCGGCGGCAAGGCCUCGGUUGUGUGCGGCGAGUUUAGUUUUCUAUUUCUUAACGGUUUUAUUUUUGAACGGAUUUCCUUUUUGAACGGUUUUAGUUCUUGAACGGUUUUAGUUAAAUUGUUAAAGGUCGCUUUGGUGACGCGUGUCCUACGGGCAGCGUGAGUCUGGUGUUUGUUUGUGGUGCAGUGUUUUGAGUGUGGUAAGUGUUGAGUCUGAUGCUGUGUUGAGUCUAUGGUGCAGUGUUGUUAGUAUUAUCGGUAUUGCUGAGUCUAUGGGUAGUGUUGUUAGUAUUAUCGGUAUUGUUGAGUCUAUGGGUAGUGUUAAGUCUAUGGGCAGUGUUGAGUCUAUGGGUAGUGUUGAGUCUAUGGGUAGUGUUGAGUCUAUGGGCAGUGUUGAGUCUAUGGGGCAGUGUUGAGUCUAUGGGGCAGUGUUGAGUCUAUGGUGCAGUGUUGAGUCUAUGGUGCAGUGUUGAGUAUAUGGUACAGUGCUGAGUCUAUGGUGCAGUGCUGAGUCUAUGGUGCAGUGCUGAGUCUAUGGGUAGUGUUGAGUCUAUGGGCAGUGUUGAGUCUAUGGUGCAGUGUUGAGUCUAUGGUGCAGUGUUGAGUCUAUGGUGCAGUGUUGAGUCUAUGGUGCAGUGUUGAGUAUAUGGUGCAGUGCUGAGUCUAUGGUGCAGUGCUGAGUCUAUGGUGCAGUGCUGAGUCUAUGGUGCAGUGCUGAGUCUAUGGUGCAGUGUUGAGUCUAUGGGCAGUGUUGAGUCUAUGGUGCAGUGCUGAGUCUAUGGUGCAGUGCUGAGUCUAUGGUGCAGUGCUGAGUCUAUGGUGCAGUGCUGAGUCUAUGGUGCAGUGCUGAGUCUAUGGUGCAGUGCUGAGUCUAUGGUGCAGUGCUGAGUCUAUGGGCAGUGCUGAGUCUAUGGUGCAGUGUUGAGUCUAUGGGCAGUGUUGAGUCUAUGGUGCAGUGCUGAGUCUAUGGUGCAGUGCUGAGUCUAUGGUGCAGUGCUGAGUCUAUGGUGCAGUGCUGAGUCUAUGGUGCAGUGCUGAGUCUAUGGUGCAGUGCUGAGUCUAUGGUGCAGUGCUGAGUCUAUGGGCAGUGUUGAGUCUAUGGGUAGUGUUGAGUCUAUGGGGCAGUGUUGAGUCUAUGGGUAGUGUUGAGUCUAUGGUGCAGUGUUGAGUAUAUGGUGCAGUGCUGAGUCUAUGGUGCAGUGCUGAGUCUAUGGUGCAGUGCUGAGUCUAUGGUGCAGUGCUGAGUCUAUGGUGCAGUGUUGAGUCUAUGGGCAGUGUUGAGUCUAUGGUGCAGUGCUGAGUCUAUGGUGCAGUGCUGAGUCUAUGGUGCAGUGCUGAGUCUAUGGUGCAGUGCUGAGUCUAUGGUGCAGUGCUGAGUCUAUGGUGCAGUGCUGAGUCUAUGGUGCAGUGCUGAGUCUAUGGGCAGUGCUGAGUCUAUGGUGCAGUGUUGAGUCUAUGGGCAGUGUUGAGUCUAUGGUGCAGUGCUGAGUCUAUGGUGCAGUGCUGAGUCUAUGGUGCAGUGCUGAGUCUAUGGUGCAGUGCUGAGUCUAUGGUGCAGUGCUGAGUCUAUGGUGCAGUGCUGAGUCUAUGGUGCAGUGCUGAGUCUAUGGGCAGUGUUGAGUCUAUGGGUAGUGUUGAGUCUAUGUUUUUUGUUUGUUGCGGUUGCACCCGAUUCAAGAGCCGAAUGGCUCACAGGGCUACGUACCUAACGCGUGCAACUUUGAACUCUGAGGUGCAGGGCUACGAUGAGCGCGGGCGGAGGGGGUGACAGCGUUGCUCCGGCCGCAGACGAGAAGGGGGACGAGGAAGUGGAGGAGGAAGAGAGAACGGUGGAACAACAACAACAACAGCAGCAGCAGUUACAGGAGCAACAGCAGCAGCAGCAGUUACAGGAGCAAUAGCAGCAGCAGCAGUUACAGGAGCAACAGCAGCAGCAGCAGUUACAGGAGCAACAGCAGCAACAGCAGCAACUGCAGGUCAAGCAGCAACAGCAGCAGCUGCAAGUAGGACAGCAGGCACAGCAGCAACAGCAGGAAGUUAAGCAGCAGCAGGUGAAGGAAAUACAGCUGCAGGCACAGCUGCAGCAGCAGCAACAGCAGCAGCAGCAGCAAGUUCAACAGCAGCAGGGGAAGGAAAUACAGCAGCAGGCACCGCUGCAACAGCAGCCAAAGCAACAGCAGCAGCUGCAGCAGGUUAAGCAAAUACAGCAGCCACAGCAACUGCUGCUGCAGCCGCAAGCUAGGCAGCAGCAGCAGCUACAACAGCUGGUGAAACAGCAGCAGCAGCAAGCCAUCAUGAGCAAGGAACUAACACAAGCAGGGGCACAACAACAGAAGCAGCAGCAGCAGCCGCAGCAGGCGGUCGUGCAGCCCGCGCAGCUGUUGCAACAGCAGCUGCAACAGCAGCAACAACAACAGCAGCUGCAGCAACAACAGCUGCAGCAGCAGAUACAGCAGCAGCAGACAGCCCGCAAGUCUCCAUUGCAGCAGCAGCAGCCGCAGCAGCAGCCCCAACUGCUGCAGCAACGGCCACAGCAACCUACCAGCUUCACGGUGCAGCAGUAUGUUGUGGGGCCACAACAGGGUCUCCAGCAACAGCUCGCCAAGCCCGCCCUUCAGAAACUGAUGCAGCAGCAGCAGCAACAGCAGCAGCUGCUGUCGCCGCAUGCGGUGUUGAAGCAGAGCCUGCAGCAGCAGCAGCAGGUAAUGACUCAGCAGCAGCAGAAGGUGGUACUCCAACACGUAGCGCAGCAGCGGCAGCAGCAGCUUCCGCAGAAGAUAUUGAAACAGGUGGCGCAACAGGGCACGCAGCAGCAGUUGGUACAGCACAAGCAGCAGCAGCAGCAGCAGCAGCUCAUGCAACAGCAGGUGCUGCUGCAGCAGCAGCAGUUUAUGUUUCAGCAGCAGCAGCAGCAAGUUCUUUUACAGCCGCAGCAGCAGCAGCAACAGCAGCAGCAGCAGCAAGUCUCCGCACCGUGCGCUGUUCACCAAAGGUUCAAACAGGUGCCCUGCACGUCGUUCAUACAGCUCUCCGCUGCUCCGGUCAGCCUCCAGAGGGUCCUGUCAUCCGCCACCACGGCCGCCACGGCCGCCACCACCACCACGUUGGCAGCUUCGCGAUCAACAGCAGCAGCCACCACCAACCCGACCCCUUCCAUCGCCACCACCACCACCACCAGCGGCGUUAGCCCCGGCAUUCAGCAGCAGCAACAGCAGCAGCAGGAGCAGCUGCAGCUGCUGCAGCAGCAGGAGCAGCUGCAGCUGCUGCAGCAACAGCAGCAGCAGCAGCAGUUUGUAUUGCCAAGCACCGUCACGCUGCAGCAAGAAGCGCCGGCUCCGGUUCUCGGCAGCGCCGCUGGAAGCAUCGGAAGCGCCGCUGGAAGCGCCGUGGGAAGCAUCGAAAGCAUCGGAAGCAUCGGAAGCAUCGGAAGCAUCGGAAGCAUCGGAAGCGCCGCUGGAAGCGCCGUGGGAAGCAUCGAAAGCAUCGGAAGCGCCGCUGGGAUCACCACGGGAAGCAUCGGAAGCGCCGCUGGAAGCGCCGUGGGAAGCAUCGGAAGCAUCGAAAGCAUCGGAAGCGCCGCUGGGAUCACCGCGGGAAGCGCUUCUCCCGGUGGGGCGUCGCUAGCCGCUACCGGGAGUUUGCCGGGAGCGCCGCGUGAGCGCCGUUUGCCCGCGGCUCUCCCCGGAGGGACGGUGCGCCACUUGGGGCCCGGCGCUGGCGGCGCUCGCCCCGGCAGCGGCGUUAGUAUCGCUGGCGUCUCUCCGCAGCUCAGCAGCCUGACUCGGGGGCAGCUGCUGCCGCAGCAUGUCGGCGGUGGUGGUGGUGGUGGUGGUGGUGGUGGUGGGUGGUGGUGGUGGUGCCCUGCUGCUGCUGCUGCGUCUGCGCUGCAGCGUGGCGAAGGUGCGGCGUGCGCAGCUGGAAGGACUUGGAGGGCGACACCGCCGCCUGCUGCGGGAGGCGCUCUUCCUCAAGGGGGGCGGCAACAUGGUGGACUUCCCGGCCUUCUGUCGGAGGCCCGGACACUCGGCCGUCGCCACGCUGCAGCAGAACGAGUUGGAGAGCGGUGGCGGUGAUGGUGGUGGCGGUGGUGGUGGUGGUGGUGCGGUGGUGGUGGUGGAGAAGCAGCAGCAGGGUGGAGGUGGUGGUGGUGGAGUCCUGGUGGACGAGUCGAGGUGCCGCGUGAUUAACGACGAGCAGGAGGGUGCCGUGCUGAGGAUCUGCCAAUGCACCGCUCCCACAACUGUUCCCUCCUCCUCAUCAUUAUCAUCAGCGCCACCAUCAUCAGCAGCACCACCACCAUCAUCAGCAGCAGCACCACCAUCAGCAUCA